AUGGCUGUCGACUUCAUCCAUCGCACAGUGGGCGACUUCCUCGCGGACACCACAGAAGGACAGGCUAUUUUGAAGAAGGCAAAAUUCUCGGAAGAGGAGAUGCUGGCGAGAGUACUUAAAGCUGGACUCGUUCGCUGCCGCAUGUUUCUUCGAGACCAACUUCAAUCCGGUACAUUGUCAUGCCUUCUCUCCAGUACUUUGAAAGCCUUUGAAGACGGCUUCUUAGAGCUUGGGGAGUGUUAUCUAUAUACAUUUGACACUAUCGAAGAAGAAUUCCUGGUGUGUGCAGCGGAGCUUGGGUUCGAUGAAUAUGUCGUUAGCCACCUCCCAACAAGCUCAUCCACAGAGCUGCAAUCGUUCGUCUUUCUCCGGUGUUGCCAGACAGCUCGCUUUCAGCCAGACGAUGAACUAAGCUCGCGACAACAUUUUCUGAUUCGUCACUUUCUGGACACGGGAAUUAGCUUCGAGGCGCCUAACCAGUCGAAAGGCACUGAAAGCGGCUCUAUUGUGAACCGACAAACGCUCAAUGCUGCUUGGUUUCAGUACUUGCUUUCUGCUCUGUCAUGGAGUACCGUUCGAAUGAAUGGUAACCACGGUUUUACUGCGGAACUGGUACUAGAGACGUGUACAAAGUUUAUCGAAGCUGUAGCAAGUACAAAUAAGACGAUUACAGCCGUAUUCAAAUGGAAUAGCCACUAUGGGAAUUUCGAUAUACCAAUAACAAUGACAACUCUCCAAUGGCACGAUCGUCAACCACUAUCUUUUAUACGCAACGGUCUCGAGAACUUCAUUGUUCUGGAGAUCAGCGGGCGGGAGCUUUUUGAAUCAGUCUUGAGUCGCGCCAACAAACCUCAUCACACCGAAGUGUUUCCAACGGAGAUACUUCGGAUUUACUCUUGA